AUGGCCAACUGUCACUCUGAAAUCUUGGUUUUUUCCGAAGAACACAGUGAUGAGACACAGCCACGUGAGGCAGAACACAGUGAUGAGACACAGCCACGUGAGGCAGAACACAGUGAUGAGACACAGCUAAGUGAUGCAGAACACAGUGAUGAGACACAGCUACGUGAGGAAGAACACAGUGAUGAGACACAGCUAAGUGAUGCAGAACACAGUGAUGAGACACAGCUACGUGAGGCAGAACACAGUGAUGAGACACAGCUAAGUGAUGCAGAACACAGUGAUGAGACACAGCCACGUGAGGCAGAACACAGUGAUGAGACACAGCUACGCGAGGCAGAACACAGUGAUGAGACACAGCUACGUGAUGCAGAACACAGUGAUGAGACACAGCUACGUGAGGAAGAACACAGUGAUGAGACACAGCCACGUGAGGAAGAACACAGUGAUGAGACACAGCCACGUGAGGCAGAACACAGUGAUGAGACACAGCUACGUGAGGCAGAACACAGUGAUGAGACACAGCUACGUGAGGCAGAACACAGUGAUGAGACACAGCUACGUGAGGAAGAACACAGCUAUGAGACACAGCUACGUGAAGAAGAACACAGCUAUGAGACACAGCUACGUGAGGAAGAACACAGCUAUGAGACACAGCUACGUGAGGAAGAACACAGUGAUGAGACACAGCUACGUGAGGAAGAACACAGUGAUGAGACACAGCUACGUGAGGAAGAACACAGUGAUGAGACACAGCUACGUGAGGAAGAACACAGCUAUGAGACACAGCUACGUAAGCCGAUAUAA